CCAUCCAAAGGGAGUUUAGAGGAAGGCCGAGGAAAAAAAAUUUGAAAUUUUAGCUUCUCCCUUUCUCUUCACCGGCUGUAGUUGAGCGAUCUGUGAGAAGUUGGAUUUGUAUAUAUAGAGAGAGAAUAGUGAAAUCCAAUGGCGGCAAAGCAAAUGGAAGAGAUACAGAGGAAGUUGGCGAUGUUGAAUUACCCUAGAGCCAACGUACCUUCUCAGUCCCUCCUCUUCGCCGGCAUGGAACGUUACGCUCUUCUCGAAUGGCUCUUCUUCAAGCUAUUAGGCGACAAGUCUCCAUUUUCUCAGCAAAAUCUGCAAGGGGACGCCAUGGAUCGCGACGAAGAGACCGCUCGGAUCCAAUAUUUGGCGGAGAUUGCAAAGUUUUUGGGUAUCACUACGACCAUCGAUAUGGAAGCAAUUCAAGGACGAGGAAGCUAUGAAGAUCGUACUGAAAUGCUUCGUCUUAUUGUAGAUCUUGUGGAGGCAAGCAUUUAUGCUGAUAACUCAGAAUGGAGUGUUGAUGAGCAGAUGGCAAAGGACAUACAACUAAUAGAUGCUAUUGCUGAAAAACAAGCUCAAAUUUUCUCUGAAGAGUGCAAGCUGUUCCCUGCAGAUGUGCAGAUUCAAUCUGUAUAUCCAUUGCCAGAUAUUUAUGAUUUGGACAAACAGCUUGCAGAUCAAUCAAAUAGGCUCUUGAGUCUCCAAGAGAUGGUUGAUGAUUUGGCAUCUAAGCAUGCUUAUAACCCAGAUGAGGACUAUGUGGAGGUGGAAGCAAAACUACGUACACAUCUGGAAUCUUUCUUAGAAACUGCAAGAUCGUUCAAUAUGAUUUACACCAAGGAAAUUCGCCCCUGGACACACAUGAUGGAGGUACCACAGCUUCAUGGGUUUGGGCCAGCUGCUAAUCGCUUGUUGGAGGCAUACAAGAUGCUUUUGAAGUUUCUAGGGAACUUGAGGAAUCUUCGAGACUCGCAUGCAGCAGUGGCUGUUUGGUCAUCUGAAACAAUUGCUGGUGAGCCCUCUUCUGUCACACGAAUAAUCUCCGAGUGUGAGUCUGCAUUAACCUUACUGAAUCGUGAUCUUGGGAUUCUAUCGGCAUCCAUUGCUCGAGUGCAAGGUGAGGAGGUGAAUGUCUGAUGGAUAUAUCAUACACGCAGAGGGGAAUUACCUAAGAACAUUUCUAUCUUUUUGUGACAUAAUGGAAACCUCAAUGUCUGCAAUUUCUUUGGAUGUUUGGAUUGAACACUGAAAUAUGACCAUUUUUUUGCUCUGUAAUUUCAAAAAAUUGUGUUGAAUCUAUUCGAAUUCUAGCAAUACCAUCUUAUCUCUGGGUUGAAGAACUAAUUGUCUUGUAAGGAACUGCUUAAUUUUUCAUGAAUCUACUUGAGUUAAAGAUA